AUCCCAUGCAACCCGCCUGAAGCCGCCCACCCCUUUGGUCCACCCAUGAAGACGUUUGUUCGUCGGCCUCACACCUAUCGAAUUUACCACUCCCAGUGACUAUUGCGACAAUGCCUCGCCCACCGAGAACAAAAGUCGCGUUGUCGAACGCACGCGUCGCGAAACCAAAACCCGUCCCACGCAAGCAACCAGCGAAAGCUGCUGCUACGCAGACCACGAAAGCCAGCGAGGCAGUAAACAGUUUUAGUGAAGAUAGCGAUGGCUUGGUCACAAAAUCAAGAUCGACGCGCCCGAGGCGGAGGAUGCCAUGGGAAAAGACGCCGGAGUUUAUCAACGAAGCAGACCUCACCAUGACUGGCGCACUCCCAGCUCGAGAAGAAGUGCCAGAACCAUCGAUUCAAAAUCGCACACCUGCCGUAAAGUCGCCGAAGAGAGCACGGACAACAAGAAGCAGCGCUGGGUCCUCCGCAAGAAGAACGACGCCAUCUGUGGUUAUACCGGCACAGAUAUGCUCCCCUACUGCAGACGCACCAGAACAGGCUUCUCAGCUAGAAGAGGAUAGCGGAUUUGGCGACCUGACCUUCUCCUCUCUGGGCUCAGAGUCACCAGCCCACGGCACACGCCCACCAUCCGCAAUCAAAGUCGGCGCAACGCCUGCACACGAGAAGUCCAUCCUCGCCUUGACAAACUUCAAAAGAAGAGCCCGACAGCCAAGCUUACUACGCAUGGUGCAGCAGACUACCGACCUCGAAGAUAACGAUGCAGACAGCCUGGACAACACAGAUGACUUCGAUUUCGAUGAUUUCCUCCCGCAUGCUGAAUCAACGCCACUCAAUUUGAAGAGGAACGCACCAGAAGAAGAAUCGCGGGCCGACAGUGGCACCCAAGUCUCCAGCUCCGGCUCGCGUGGUACCAAGCGCAAGCUUUCGCCUGUUGUUCAAGUACCGCGUUCUUCGCCACCGUUGAGCUCGCCAUCUAGGGCCGACGUGGAAUCUGAACGAUCUCCUUCGCCCUCCCUACCGGAAAUUCUACCAUCACGUGAAGUAGCCAUCGAACAGACACAAGACGAUCCAGAACUUCUAAGUGAGACCUUGGCAAGUCCCAAAUCAAGCAGUCCUGUCCGGGAAGUGUCAACUCCUCCUCAAUCACCGGUUCGGACACGUCCACAUCCACGUCGGAGAGGAAGGCCUGCGAGGACGCCAAUUAGAGAUGAUGACUCCGAAGUUGAAGAAAUAGAAACACCCGCAAAGACGAAGCGAGGCCCUAGAAAGAAGGCGCAGCAGAGUAUUUCUACUGCCCAGCUAAAAGGUCUUUUACCCCGUCGACGGAAUCGUCUACGAGAUCGCGACGAAUUUGACUUUGAUUCUUCGGAGGAGGUAACGCAGAUGGACUCGGACCAAGACGAGCUGCAAAUGCCAGUGCGGCGAAAUCGCCAACAGCCGGGAGCUGGGAAGCUUACGUCACCAAAGGCUACGAAGAAAGCCUCACGGGGGAAAAAGGCGCCACCAGCAAAGGCAGCGCAAAAGGCCAGCAAGACAUACAGUCGCAGGAAAUCUUCGGACAAAGAGAAUGAUGCAACGGGACAGAAGGACGAAGACGCCAUUGAAGUUUCUGCGAUCGAACACUCAGAGAAGCUGGCUGCUAUUAGGAAGAAGUUUGAAGAAGUGGAUGCAUUCGAGUUGGAGUUCGAGACUGUCGACGUGACGACCAGUUCGAGUCCAUUUCGGUGAUGCCAAGCACUUCAAUGGAGGGUGGAGAAUAUAAAAUACUGUGGACAUACGUGCUAUACUAUUCACAAGCAUGAAAGAGUUAUGCUGAUAUCCGUGGGUACUGGUAAGAAACAGCAUGGCGUUGGUUUGGCAACCCACGAUGACAAGAGACCACGUAAUAUGUUAGAAGAUUCGCUGUGAAAUAUGCCACGACACUACUUACUACCAAACACUCCGUCUGACUCGUUACUUUGCUUAUACAUGGUGAUGCUUGGUUUAAUGGGGGCUAUGCAUUAAACACUACGUGAAGCUAGUCGUUAUCUGUCGUUAUCU